GGAGGGCGGCACGGAGCCACGGCCGCGCGCCCCUGCUAGGGACCCUGCGUGCUGUGGCGGCGGCCGGCGCGGAGCCAGAGCCCCGGGGGCGCGCGGUGGGGUGCGGGCGGGCUGAGGGCCACUCGCCGCCGCCUCGAGCGGUCGCAGCACCAGGAACCGCGCCGUCCCCGCCGCCGCCGCUGGGACUCCCUCCCCGGGCAGAGGGGGAGAGAAUGACGGAGCUCCAGUCCGCCUUGCUACUGCGGAGACAACUAGCAGAGCUCAACAAAAAUCCAGUGGAAGGCUUUUCAGCGGGCUUAAUAGAUGACAAUGAUCUUUAUCGAUGGGAAGUCCUUAUUAUUGGUCCUCCAGAUACACUAUAUGAAGGUGGUGUUUUCAAGGCUCAUCUUACUUUUCCAAAAGACUACCCACUGAGGCCGCCAAAAAUGAAAUUCAUCACAGAAAUCUGGCAUCCAAAUGUUGACAAGAAUGGUGAUGUCUGCAUUUCAAUUCUUCAUGAGCCUGGAGAAGACAAAUAUGGCUAUGAAAAACCUGAGGAGCGUUGGCUUCCCAUUCACACAGUGGAAACUAUAAUGAUUAGUGUUAUUUCUAUGCUGGCAGAUCCCAAUGGUGAUUCUCCUGCUAAUGUUGAUGCAGCGAAAGAAUGGAGAGAAGACAGAAAUGGAGAAUUUAAAAGAAAAGUUGCCCGCUGUGUAAGAAAAAGCCAAGAAACUGCUUUUGAGUGACACUUAUUCAGCAGCUAGUAGCUUCACUUUUUUCAGGGUCUUCAAUUGAAAAACAUGGCACUGUUUUUUUCCUGCACUCUACCCACCUAUUGCUGGACUUCUGUUGUUACAAGUUGGCAAACACUGGCUGGAACUGGGCUGCAAUAAAACAUGCCAGUUAUCAAUGCUGACAAGAGCCUAACAAGUGCCAACAUAAGAUGAUUACGCAUUUUGAAAUUUAAUAAACUGCUUUAACCUUCAGGAAGAAUUGUAAAGAUGUGUACAUAGCACAACAUGAUCCGGAUAAUAUAUAUACUGUUCAUGUACAUCCACAAAUACACAUUGUACCAAAUAAUGCUGUCUGUAGUUAGGAAUAGAAUUCUGUAAAUUCUAAAGAUUUUAGCAGGUUUUUCUCUCCCUUUCAUUGUUUCCUACCAGUUUAAAAAAAACAAAACAAAAACAGCAACUUGUGAGGCAUGUCAAACUAAAACCAAUUAGCAUCAAGUAUUUUUUUCUUCCCCCCAUUUUAAUUUUCCCUUGACCCACUGAGGCUUAAUUAAAAUCUUGCUUAUUAAAGUUUAGUAUCUCUUUUUUUCUUUUUUUUUGGUUUUUGGAAAUGUGGUCCCUUUUAUUUCCCCCAUCAGAACUUAAAAUUUUCCUAAUUAAACCCUGAAAGGAUUUGCUAUGAAUUACUUAUCUCUUCUUUUAUGAUGACCUUUGUAGUCUCAAAGGUGUGGGUUGUGGUUGUUUUUUUUUCCUUUUUGUUUUUUUUUUCCUUCCCACCCCUUUUUUUAAGCCCAAUUGCACAUACUUCUUGAAUUGGGUAUAGCAAUAAAACUGGCCAUAAGCAUCCUUGAGCAGCCUGCUGGAUUUUUAACUACAAAGGGACCUGAGUGCUUUCAUUUGGAAGUUCAGUUGACUAAGUUAGUCCAAGACAGGAAUGAGCUGCUUUUUAUGGGUGAUUUUUCUCUUUGCCUUUUUCAUUACCUGUGGGGUGGGGUGUGUGUGGGGAAGGCUUGUAUUUUCUCAAGGUUCAGUUCAAGCAUGCACAUCUGUAGGCUUUCAAAUGACUUAACUUCUGGGUUUGGUAUCAAAAAUAGUUUCCCUCCUUAUCCCUUUUCUCUCUCUCUGUGGCCCUUCAUAUUCUUUGCCUUCUACUUGAGAGUUUUCCUCACCUAAUGUACAAAGAAAAUUGCGAUGUAUAUUUUCAUGUAAUUUGAUUUUUGGAAUUCUGUCACCUUCUGUAGUGAGUUCUUCCAAAAUAUAAUUUUUUCCAAUAA